AGGGAAUUUUGUCUCAGAAUGGGACGAGUAAACAGCCUUGGAAUAAAUCUAGUCAAGGUUGGACAACCCCAGAUACAACUGUGGCCAGCGAAUUUGUGAGCACCCUUUACGACAAUACAAGUUUUGGAUCAACAAUAUUAGAUCUAUUCGAUGAGUCGACACCAAAUAUGAGGACGAGUAAUAACCCAUCUACAAUAGAAAGCUCAAACAUAGAUAACCAAGAUGAAAAACCGAGAAAGACGGUCCAGUUCGAUGAAAAGAUUGAAAGGCUACAACGUUUAGAAUGUAUAAAGCAAUAUAUUCUAGACAAUAAUAAUCGGGAGGAUAGCGCUCUUUGUAAAGCCAUAAAAGAAGGAUCGUCGUAUUCCAUUCGAGUAAUAAAUGAUUUGAUCAAGUCGGGAGAGGAGGAUCUUAAUUUCAGAGACAACAAGGGAGACCCUAUAUUGUAUACAGCACUAUUGUAUGAACAGUUUGACGUUGUGAAGUUGUUAAUUGAACACGGAGCAGAGGUCAACCACAGAAACAAACAGUGGGAUCCAAUCAUAUAUACUGCCGUCCAGUCUAACAGAACAGAUAUAGUGGAAAUGAUGAUAGAAGCCGAUGCGGAUGUGGAUUGUAGAAAUAGCAAGGGUGAUACGCUUUUAUACACUGCUGUACUGUCCAAGCAGAAGGAAAUGGUCAAUCUUCUUAUAAAGUACAGUGCUGAUCCUAAUAUUAGAAACAACCUAGGAACGUCAUGUUUAGAAGAAGCAAUGACAUCGAAUCAAUUGGAUCUAAUGCAAAUUCUCGUGGAAUCAGGAGCUGACAUUGACAUAAAAGAUAAAGAAGGAAAUAAUUUAUUGCAUGUUGCAAUGAUGUUUAAACAAAUACGAUGUUUGGAAAUUUUGUUAGAUCUCGGUGCUGACGUAAAUAUUCCCGACAAAGAGGGAAAUCCUGUAUUAGAAAUGGCAGUAUUAAUGGAACAAACUGAUGCCAUAACGUUAUUACUUAAAUAUGGCGCCGAUGUUAAUAUCACUAAUGAAAAGGGAAUUCCAGUCUUCUUCAAAGCAGCAAAACGAAAAGGAUGUGAUACAAUGAAACUGAUGAUAAAAGGCGGAGCUAAUGUCAACAUACAGGACUCACUGGGAAACACGGUCUUAUUUUUAGCAAUUGAACGGAAUAAUUGUGAAUUGUUGAAUCUUUUAUUUGAUGUUGGCUGUGAUGGAAAUAUUCGCAAUAAUGAGGGACUAUCAUGUAAAGAAUAUGCUUUAAAUAUCAAAUCAGACAGACAUAGUGUUAUCAAGACACUUUUAACAUCUGGAUGUAUCAGUUACUCUGAUAUAAUAAGUCGGGAUAACAAGACAGCAAUGCAAUUGAAGGAAAGAGAAGAGAAUGCAGGCAAGUAAAUUUUCGUUUGAUCAAAUAUAAUCAAAAUACUGUUAUGAUCAGUUAUUACUUCUCUUCAGAAUUGUCAGAAUAAUCUGUCAUAGAAUUGUUCUAUUCUGUCCUAAAGCAGUUCUGGGGUAAAACAGGAAAACAGCUGUUCUAGGGCAACAGUCUGAAUCUUGAACUGUCAAAAUCUGUUUUAAGGUGAUACCGUCGUAAAAUGUUAUAAGGAAGAAUGCGAUCUGUCCUUGGGUAGAACUGUCUAGAUCUGUUCAAGGAUAGAACUACCAGAAAAUGUUUUAAGGUAAAACUUACACAACUGUUCUAGAGAAAGAAUUGUCAGAAUCUGUUUUAGGGUAAAAUUGUCUAAAUUUGUUCAAGAUAAAACAACUGUUGUCAGAAACUCAGUAGAAAUAUUUAGAAAAGUUAAUGGUAAAUUUAAGAGCGAUCAGAACCGAUCCAAACU